AGCUCGUUCUGUUUGAAUGUGAGAUGACUGCAUGUUGAAGUUACUGCUGAAUACUUUGAGGAUUUUCUGUUUUCUGUUUCAAUUAUUUACAUUCUAACUUUUUAUAUAGUGAGGAUGAAACAAAGUUGGGAACGGUGAAAUACUGUGGAUUUAGUAUUAGACAUUUGUGUGGAAAUUUGUCUUUGAAUCAGAGCACUUGAAUCAGAAGGACAAAACCAAUAAGUGCAUUUAAAAAAAAACAAGGGGUGAAAAGUAUUUAACUAGAUCUAUUUGGUUUGUGUGUUACAGCUCCAGUAUUAUUUUUGUUCAGCUGAUUCCAGGAUAAUAAAUACAGUCUUAUCAAUCGUUUAAAAAAAUGUUCGUCUCAAAUGCAAAAGACAAACUUAAUAUUUCAAAGCUCCCCAGAAGCUGGAACUUUGUGGAGGUCUCUGUGGUGGGUGUUAUCCGAGAAUCGCCCACUCAGGAGCCGUUUGCGUUGACGAAACAGCGAGGAGCGUGACCACGGGGUCUCUAUAAGUAGACUGAGGAAGGGUCGGUGAGCGGUGACAACGAGGAAGGACCAGUCCAGAGGAGCGCAGGACCCGAACCUCACUGCUCGACAUGGAGAUGCCCGCUAACCUCAUCCUCCGCCUGGUGCUGAUCUCCGCCCUGGUCGCCUGCAGUCCGACGGAGGCGUGGUACAAGCAGGUGGCCGGGCCGAGCUACUACUCGGUGGGCAGGGCGUCCGGCUUGCUGUCCGGCAUCCGGAGGUCACCGUACGUCAGGAGAGCGGAGCUGGAGCCGUCAGACAGCGGAGAGUCUGCGGCCAACAGCCUGUUUUCUGAAUUAACUUCGCGCAACUCCAUCCUGAAGACAAUGCCUGUUUGCAUCAAGGACAUUACACCAAACCUGCAGAGCUGUGAAUUGUUCCAGGAAGUCAAGGGUUCGUUCAAGUGUAAAGCGGACGUCUUCCUCUCUCUGGACUCCUCCGACUGUGCAGGGGACUGAGCAGUGAAGCCGACAACUGCUGCUGGAGGAUGAAGCAAACUUCUUGAGGGCGCGACAUUCUGAAAAACUGUAUAUUUUAAUGUGAAGUUUAACAAAAGGUGUUGCUCCAAACGGAAGUUGAGCUACUUUUCAUUUACCAUGUAUUCAAUCUAUUUAUCGAUUUUAUGAUUAAAAUCGUCUUUAAUCUUUAAACUGUAAAAGCAAAGCAUUGAUGUAAAUACCUGAUCUGAGUUGUCAUUAAUAAAUGAAUCAUGUUGCAUCCCCUUGCUGAAAUUACUGAAUAGAAAACAGAUAAGUGUUUUUCUUCUU